AUGGCUGAGCAAAACAGAGUGGUGCUUUAUGGAAUGUGGGCUAGCCCUUUUGCUAAGAGAAUCCACCUCGCUCUUAAAAUCAAAGGCAUCCCUUUUGAAUAUGUGGAAGAAGAUCUCCAGAACAAGAGUCCAGAUCUUCUCAAAUUCAAUCCUGUUUACAAGAAAGUUCCCGUACUCGUCCAUAAUGGAAGAUCCAUUUGCGAAUCAGCUAUAAUUUUUGAGUACAUAGAGGAAGUUUGGAACAAUAAUGGCCCUUCUCUUCUACCUCAAGAUCCCUACAAACGAGCCCAGGUUCGAUUCUGGGCUGAUUACGUUCAGAAACAGGUGUUUGAGGGAUUGUUUUUGUUAAUGAAAACAGAAGGGGAAGCACAAGAGAAAGCCAUUGAAGAUGUGAAAGAGAAGCUGAAAGUUCUUGAAGAACAGGGGCUGAAGGAUUUAUUGGCAGAGGGAAGUACAUUUGUGAAUGGAGACGAACUUGGAUGUUUGGACAUAGUUAUGUUGACAGUGCUUGGAAUGUACAAGGUUCAUGAAGAGUUUUUUGGAGUGAAAAUUGUGGAAGAAGAGAAGAUCCCAGUUGUGUUCUCAUGGUUGAAUAGAUUGAUUGAACAUCCACUUGCAAAGGAGGUUGCUCCUCCCAAAGAAAAGGUUUUGGGGUUUCUUCACUUCAUUAGACAAAAAUUGCUACCCUCACAGGCUGCUGCUUAA